AUGCGCCCCUCAACCCUAGCCCAGUUCAUUCUCCCAUCAGCAAUCCUCGCCAGCACCCCAUAUGCACCCCUCGGCUCCACCCUCAACGUAACCGUGCUCGGCGCGCGCCACAACCGCUCCACUCUAGAGUGCUGGGCUCUGAAUUCGGGCUUUGAAACAUCCGACCAGGCCGGCAUUGCCGGUUCUUCCAUUCUGGAUCUCGGUACUGUCGGCGGUAAUGCGUCAUUUACGGCCCUACCGGCUGGGUUUGAUGGUGGAAGGCAUAACGCACCGGCUUUGCUAUGGGUGGUGUUUCUCUCCGGCCUGGCUCAUAUCACACUCCCCAACUCGACGACCGAGGCUUGGGUAGAAGGUGGCAAGAAUGGAGCCAUUCUGGCACUCGACACUGCCGAUGUCAGUGCCUUGGGCCACUACACCACUUAUCCCUCGCAGGAGCGGACAACGGCCUUACAGAUUCCCCUUGGAGAGAAGGGGGUACCCAGCCAUCGGGUUCUGCAUAUGGGUCCUUGUAAGGGGGAGGACUUGCUUGUAUAG